AUGUCCUCCGAUUUCGGUGGCUUUGAUUUACACAUCCAGGCCCUAGAGGAAUGGUAUAAAAUUUUGACUAAAGGAUUAAAAGGCGAUAUUUCGCCCAUCAAACACAAAGAUCUACCGAAGAAUAAGGAGAAAUAUAAUAAAACCAUAGAAUCCUAUAAGGAAAAGUGCUUAGCACUUUGUUUUGUCGUUAAUGUGUCCUUCAUCAAUUCAGUGACUGAGUCGGCCUUGUUUAAAUCUUUAUGUGUAUCGUUUUUCGAUAAGUAUUACAACGAUCAAUAUGAGCCUUUUUUGAUAUUUAAAUUUCUCACUUCUAACUUUAAGCCUACCGUUGAAUACUCCUACAUUAAAAUGUCCUCUCUCAAGAAAGGCGAAUACCUUUUUAGACUUUUAAGGUAUUAUCAGAACCAAAUUUAUUAUUUUAGAGCACUUCAGAAGUUUAAGGCACACUACGAUAUUAUUACAAUGGGAAUUUGGUGUGAGUUUUUUGACACGAAGGACCGUUUCUGGAAGUAUGUGGAUUUUUCAGAACCAAAAUUCGACAAUAGCGCCUAUUCAUAUUCUGGAUCACCUAGAUCAAAUGAUAAAUCGUACCUAAGUAGACCAGUUAAGAAACUGAAAGACAAAAAUGUAAAUUCCAAUAUCUUAUCAAAUGACCGUGAGAUACCGUUCGAGAAUAACUCUGAAUCAUCUUAUAAGGGUUAUUUAUACAUUCAAAGGGGUAGAAAGAUGUUCAUAUAUAGCAAGAAUAAUAGGUUGGAGGUCAAGGCCAUAGUGUUGUUCCCAGAAUAUAACUAUAAAACUAGCAGAAUGUUAUAUGUAAAGGAAUUCCCGUUUGAGCUCGUCAAUACUGCUCAUUCACUCAAAGUUUCCAUCGCAAAUAGUAAUUCAGGCGUUACCGGGUCUGAUAAAAAUUUAUUUAUAUUAAGUUGUAAUAUAUGUGGAAUUGUCUCGGAGAUAACACCAAAAUACGUCCAAGAAUGUUUGUUGUAUCAGAGGAAAAGAUCCUUCAUACAAUGGUUUGAACAAUUUUUACAGAGUAUAAACCAGAGGAGAAUAUCUGGUCUUACAAGUUCUUUUGAUAAAUCUGGUUUAAACGCUUUGAAUUUGGCUGAAAGACUUGACGUUCACUUAAUUAACGCAAACAUGUUGGAAAAGGUUGAUGCCAAGCUCAUUAAAACCCUCACAAAAACCUAUCCCUUACCAACAAAAAAGGCUCAUUUUACAAAUCAUCCCAUUUAUGUACUAAAAUCGCAGAUAAAGAAAGGUGUUCUUAGUGAAGGACCUCCGUUAACUACUUUUGGGAAUGAUUUGGUGUAUUUACGGGAGAGUUUGGUCGAAAUUAAGACAAAAUUAGGCUGGUAUAAGGAGAAUAGAAGAGUUAUUCCAGAUUCAAAACCAAUCCGUACAACUGAAUCCACACACAAAAUUUACGAAUAUUAUAGUUUUGAUCAGACUGAAGAGUUAAAACAGGAGCACAUUGACGAAAUAGACAAAUUUACCAUCAACUUAUCUGGAAACAGACAUGUUCCUAAGAACAGCGUAUAUAUUAAGAGUGAGUAUUACGAGAAUUUGGAGAAGAUAUUGAAGAGAAACAGAAUAUUUUUCAAGAGGGCGUUUUCCUCGUUACGUUAUGAAGGUGGCACUUUAAAGCCAAAAAUCGACGGAGUUUUGAUUUCACCCAGUGGGUUGGAGUCAUUUUUGAAGUUAUACAACGAGUAUGUAGAAUUGAUUUCUAAAAAUGAACUGUUUGAGGAUCUUGAGAUAGCUAAGUUUUGGAAAACCGUCUUCAAAAGGCUACUCAACGCACCUCCGGUGAAUAAACCCCAAAGAUACUAUGCUAUAUGCUCUAAAAUCAAUGCUGAAACUGAUGAGUUUUUAAACCAGCUGAAUUAA